UAAUAAUUUGAGAAUCAUAUAUUUGGUAACAAAAUCAAACAAUCGCACUGUCCGAAUCCUUCUUAUCCCUACUUUUUCUUGCAACAAAAAUAUUUCUCCUCAAAAUCCGUCAAUCUGCUUUUCUUCUUUUCUUCCUGCAGAUCCUAUGGAAUCUGAAACCCCCAAAGGAAUUUCCGCCUUGAUUUCUUCUUCUUCUUCUUAGAUUCUUCUUCUUCUUCUCCUUCGAUCUCACUUAAAAAUUCUUCACUUGAAUCCCUUCGUUCCUCAAUUGGUAAUCGACCUAAAUCUUGUAUAUCUUUGCUUUGCAUUAUCAUCGCUGUUGAGUUUUUGAUUAGUUUCUUCGAAAAAUCGUAUUUUUACUUGGUUUCUAGGAGCAAGUUUUCUGUUUUAUUGAUGGUGUAGGUUCUAGGGUUUUUACCGAUCCAUUGCUUUGUCGGUUCUCUGUCUUAGGAGCGAUAGCUAUACCCACAAAUUUCUUGCUUGGGGUUUUAAGUUUCUGGCAUUGCUAGACCUCAUCAAGCUCGAUUGUUUCCUCACAAAUCUUCAUACCAAAAUUUGGUGUGGAGGCUUUGCAAUUCGCUAGUUUGUGUUGUGAGUUUUGAUGGAUCUGAGUGCAUUUUGGAGAUCUUAGCUUUUGACACCGUGAUAGUUCUUCACUUAGUUCAACUGAAGUUAUUAGCUACGUGAAUCUACUUAACCUUUGUUUGUUUGGGAAUUCAUCAUGGAUCAUGUGAUUGGUGGGAAGUUUAAGCUUGGGAGGAAGAUUGGUAGUGGAUCUUUUGGAGAGCUUUAUUUGGGAGUAAAUGUUCAAAGUGGAGAAGAAGUUGCUGUUAAACUGGAAUCUGUUAAGACUAAACACCCACAGCUUCACUAUGAGGCCAAAUUGUACAUGCUUCUUCAAGGAGGAACUGGUGUUCCCCACCUUAAAUGGAUUGGAGUUGAAGGCGAAUACAAUGCCAUGGUUAUUGACCUUCUUGGACCAAGUUUAGAAGACUUAUUCAAUUAUUGUAAUCGGAAAUUCACUUUGAAAACAGUUUUAAUGCUUGCAGAUCAAUUGAUAAACAGAGUUGAAUAUAUGCAUUCAAGAGGCUUCCUUCAUCGUGAUAUAAAACCAGAUAACUUUUUAAUGGGUCUAGGACGUAAGGCAAAUCAGGUUUACAUUAUAGAUUAUGGUCUUGCAAAAAAAUAUAGGGAUCUACAGACACAUAAGCAUAUACCAUACAGGGAAAACAAAAAUCUCACUGGUACUGCUCGUUAUGCCAGUGUCAACACCCACCUUGGAGUUGAGCAAAGCAGGAGGGAUGACCUGGAGUCUCUUGGUUAUGUGCUCAUGUAUUUCUUGAGAGGAAGCCUACCUUGGCAGGGGCUGAAAGCUGGGACUAAGAAGCAGAAAUAUGAUAAAAUCAGUGAAAAGAAGAUGCUUACUCCUAUAGAGGUGCUUUGUAAGUCAUAUCCGACUGAGUUCAUAUCAUAUUUUCAUUAUUGUCGAUCAUUGCGUUUUGAUGAUAAGCCGGAUUAUUCAUACUUGAAAAGACUUUUUCGUGAUCUUUUCAUUCGAGAAGGGUAUCAGUUUGACUAUGUAUUUGACUGGACAAUUUUGAAGUACCCUCAAAUUGGUUCAGGUUCCAGUUCUAGAGGACGUACUGUUGGCAAACUACCUCUGAAUCCAGGGCCUUCAGCAGAAAAGGUGGAAAAAACCCCAGUGAGAGCAGAGGUUAGAGAUAGAUACUCAGGGGCAGUUGAGGCAUUUGCAAGGCGAAAUGUUUCUGGUAGUGGUUUGCAUGGUGAACACUCAAGGCACAGAUCUUCAGAACAUGCCACAUCAUCAAAAGAAAUGCAUGGUGAUUCAGAUAGAGGUCGAAUAUCGCGAACGGGCAGCACAUCAAAACGGGCAGUCGUGUCGGGCAGCAGGCCGAGUUCAUCGGGCGAGCCAAGUGGUGACAACCGGUCAAACCGGUUAGGUUCGGGCAGCGGGCGGAUAUCAACUGCCCAACGGCUCCACUCACAGCCCGGGUUCGAGUCCAAGUCAUCAUCUUUCACACGGGCAGUGCCAUCAUCCAGAAGUGGUCGUGAUGAUGCUUUGAGAAGCUUUGAAUUGUUGACUAUUGGGAAGAGGAAAUAAGAAGACAAGUAUGUGGGACCCAUUUCAAUCAAUCCUUGAAGAAAAGAGGGAUUGCAUUCUCAUUUUAGGGUGGAUGUUCAUAUGUUGUUGAGUACUUCAUCGAGGAAUGUUAUUUAAAUUGAAUUUGGCUUCUUGUUUUCUUGUGGUAUUUGCUUGUUAAUGUUCAUAUUUGUUGUUCAUUGUUUUGGUACACCUGGUUAUAUUU